AAUCCUAAUUUUCUUCUUUCUCAUCUUUCUUAAGCUUCUAAGAUGAAAAUAUUUUUAUUUUUAACAACUUUCGUUGUGGGUGCUUUCCUUUCCGGGGUGACUGGCUACACCAAGUCCGAGGUCACAUCUUGGUGCAGCCAGACACCGCACCCACAACCUUGUGAGCAUUUCUUGGGCACUAACUCAAACCACGGUUCGAUCAAGCAAAAGCCCGACUUUGUGAAAGCCUUGUUAAAGGUCACGUUACAACGUGCCGAAUACGCAGGGUCCCACACUCAAAAGCUCGGCCCAAAAUGCCGCAACAAGCGUGAGAAGGCGGCUUGGGCCGACUGCUUAGAGCUUUACGAAGACACCAUCAUGAGGAUCAACAAAACCGUUGAUCCUUACAAAAAGUGUAGCCAGGUCGACAUGCAGACCUGGCUUAGCACUGCACUCACGAAUCUCGAGACAUGCAAGGCGGGGUUCGAAGAGUUAGGUGUAAGCGACUACGUGUGGCCGUUGAUGAACAAUAAUGUGUCCUCUUUGAUUAGCAACACUUUAGCAAUGAACAAAGGUGGGAAUAAUUCAUCAUAUGGUGCAUCUAGUCAUGAUCAGAAAUCUGGAUUUCCGGGUUGGAUGAAGCCGGGUGAUAGGAAGCUAUUGCAGUCAUCAAAUCCUCAAGCCAACGUUGUGGUGGCUCAAGAUGGUUCGGGUAACUACAAGACGAUUGCAGCCGCCAUAGCUGCCGCGGCAAAAAGAUCAGGAAACGGGAGAUAUGUGAUUCGUGUUAAGGCGGGUGUUUACAAGGAGAAUAUUGAAAUUGGUAAAAAGUUGAAGAACAUAAUGCUAGUAGGAGAUGGUAUUGGAAAAACUAUAUUAACUGGUAGCAAAAGUGUUGGAGGGGGCACCACCACCUUUAAAUCAGCCACUCUCGCCGUUGUCGGAGAUGGAUUUAUCGGCCGAGGUUUCACCGUCAGAAACACCGCGGGCCCACAAAACCACCAAGCCGUGGCGCUACGCAGCGGCUCUGACCUUUCGGUCUUCUACCAAUGCAGCUUUGAGGGUUACCAAGACACAUUAUACGUCCACUCAAACCGACAGUUUUACCGCGAAUGUGACAUAUACGGCACAGUUGAUUUUAUUUUCGGCAACGCAGCCGUAGUAAUUCAAAAUUGCAACAUUUACGCCCGUAAGCCGCCAAACAAGACCAACACGUUGACCGCUCAAGGCCGAACCGAUCAAAACCAAAACACGGGCAUUUCAAUCCACAACAGCCGUAUCACCGCGGCUUCUGACCUAAAAGGCGUGUCGGGAGUUAAAACAUACCUCGGGAGACCGUGGAAGCAAUACUCGAGGACGGUUUUUCUCAAAUCGAGCCUCGAUAGCUUGAUCGAUCCUGCAGGGUGGAUGCCGUGGAGUGGCAACUUCGCGCUUAAUACUUUAUAUUAUGGUGAGUAUAUGAACACUGGGCCGGGUGCAUCAACCGCGAAAAGGGUUAACUGGAAAGGUUAUCAUGUCAUCACUAGCAGCGCCGAGGCGGCGAAGUUCACCGUCGGGAACUUUAUUGCCGGUGGUUCGUGGUUGCCGGCAACUAAUGUGCCUUUUACUUCUGGUCUCUAAUUCAAUUGUUUAUAUGUUGUAACUUUUUUUUUUAAUUUCUUCUUUACUGAUUUGUUGUCAAGUUUCUUGAAUUGUUGUAUUGAUGAUUAUUUGAAUAUACUUUGAGGUUAAUAAUAACCAACUUUGUGCCGA